AAAAAAAUUAAGAAAAAAAAAACAUUUUUUAUUAUGUUUUUGUUAGCGAAAACGGUUUUUUUAUUAAAAAAAAGCAAAAUUUGUAUUAGAUGAUUGAUUGACACGUAUUCAUCUUCUUCCCUGAGACAUAUGGAUUCAGUCACCGUUUUAAUCAAUUACUAAUUACUUUUGCAGAGACCCAAUUUCAUAAAAAUCGUUUCUUCGAAGUUCAAACACGAAGAAGAGGCUUUUCAAGACCCUUUUAAGACAGACCAAACUAUGUCCCAUUUUCAAAGAGAAGAAGAAGAAGAAGAAGAAGAAGAAGCAUAUUAUGACUUCUCAGAUUCUGAUGGUGACUUUGACUUCGAUUUUGUGCAAAAUACUAAAUCAACUGAUAUAACUGCUAAGCAAGCUAGAGCAGGAAAAGAUAUCCAAGGUAUUCCUUGGGAGGGACUUACUUUUAGCAGAGACCAAUAUAGACAGACUAGGUUGGAACAAUACAACAACUAUGAAAAUAUGCCUUUUUCUGGACACACCUCUUCAAUGGACUGUAAAAUUACCAAGAAAGGGUCUACAUUCUAUGAUUUCAGAAGAAAUACUCGAUCAGUGAAAUCAACCAUACUUCAUUUUCAGUUGAGGAAUCUAGUGUGGACUACUUCAAAACAUGAUGUUUACCUUUUUUGGAAUCAUCUCAUAAUUCAUUGGUCACCAUUAACUUCCACCAUGUUUGAAGUUCUCAAUCUUUCAGGACAUGUAGCACCCUUUGAGAAUCAUCCCGGAAGUCGGCUAGAAGGAUUUAAACAACCUCAAAUCAGUACUUUCGCUGUAAAAGACAAUCUUUUAGUUGCUGGAGGACUUCAAGGAGAACUUAUUUGCAAGCAUCUUGAUCGACCUGGAGUUAGCUACUGCGCCAAGACUGUCACCUCUGAUAAUGCCAUAACAAAUGCCAUUGAGAUCUAUACAAGUCCGAGUGGUGCAGCUCACUUCACAUCAGCAAAUAAUGAUUGUGGAGUCAGAGAUUUCGAUAUGGAAAGAUUUCAUCUUUCUAAGUCUUUCGUCUUUCCUUGGGCAGUGAAUCAUACUAGUUUGAGCCCUGAUGGUGAACUUCUUGUAGUCGUCGGGGACAAUCAGCAGGGUAUGUUAGUUGACUCCCAAACUGGAAAGACAGUGAAACACUUGCGUGGCCACUUAGAUUUCUCUUUCGCAUCAGCCUGGCACCCGGAUGGUAUCACAUUUGCAACUGGAAACCAAGAUAAGACUUGCAGGUUAUGGGAUGUUCGCAACCUCUCAAAAUCGAUUGCAGUACUAAAGGGUAACCUUGGAGCGAUUCGGUCUAUUCGUUACACAUCAGAUGGUCAGUACAUGGCAAUGGCGGAGGCUGCAGAUUUUGUCCACAUCUAUGAUGUGAAAAGUGGGAGUGGCUACGAAAAGGAACAUGAAAUUGAUUUGUUCGGUGAGAUCUCUGGCAUAUCAUUCAGUCCCGACACAGAAACACUCUUCAUCGGGAUAUGGGAUCGUACUUAUGGAAGUCUCCUAGAGUAUGGCCGACACAGGAACUACACAUAUCUAGACUCUUUGAUUUGAGUUUGGAUCUAAAAACUUGUGUUUGCUGGUUUGGUUGGUUUAAGUGAGUGAGUUUUUAGAGUUAUGCUAAUGUAAAUACAGAACAGAAAGGGCUGAAGUCAAAGGGUUUGACUUUGAUGAUAGAUUUAUAUGUAGUUCAGAAAAUAGAAAUUAGGAGAGUGUUUACUCAUAUACAAUACUAUUAGUACUAACUGGACAAGUUUUUAUCU